AUGUCGAGCGAAUCACCACUACCUCAACCAGUGCAGAACGUGGUGGUUGACACUGCUUCUCUUCCAGCAUCUUCAUCGGCGUCAGUCUGGGAUCGUGUCUCGAAAUGGGUGUCUGAGAAUAAGGCUCUUGUUUAUACCAUUGCUGGUGUCGCCGUGGUCGUGACCAGUGCCGGUGUUGUUUACUAUCUCUCCGACUCGAGCCGGCCGGCUCAAGCUCCUCAACCAACAGAGAAGAAGAAGAGCAAGAACCAGCGACGCAAGGAGAAGGAGAAGGAGAAGAAGAGGGCGGAAGAGAAAGAGAAGGCCAAAGCUGCUGCUCUCCAGGACGAGAAGAAGACUGAAGAAGCUCCUGAAGAACUCCCUGAAGUUGACGAAGCUACUGUCGGACAGCUAUCGGAAGAGACACGGAAAGCCUAUGCUGCGAAGCUGAAGGCUGCCGGUAACAAGGCUUACGGCUCGAAGGACUACAACAAGGCGAUCGAACUCUACGGAAAAGCUAUUAUUUGCAAACCCGACCCUGUCUUCUACUCCAACCGCGCUGCCUGCUACAAUGUGCUGUCCGAAUGGGAGAGGGUCGUUGAAGACACCACUGCUGCCCUUUCAAUGGAUAGCGAGUAUGUCAAGGCCUUGAACCGGAGAGCUAUUGCAUAUGAGCACCUCGAGAAGUUCAGCGAGGCCCUUCUCGACUUCACUGCCAGCUGCAUCAUCGACGGCUUCUCUAACGAGGUCAGCCGUGUCGCUCUUGAGAGACUUUUGAAGAAGGUUGCAGAGCAAAAGGGUAAAGCCAUCCUGGAAGCUAAGGGCAAGAAGCUCCCCAGCCCGACCUUCGUGUCCAACUACCUUCAGAGCUUCCGUCCCAAGCCCCUCCCAGAAGGUCUCGCUGAAUCCGUCGACUUGAGCGAGGAUUCUGGCAAGGGUCAAUUGCGCAAGGGUAUGCUCGCAAUGGCGUUGAAGACCGGCGAUGGCUAUGAUGAGGCUGCCACAGCCUUCGAAAAGGCCCUGGAACUUGGCGACCUUGGUGAAUUUGAAGCUCUUGCUCUCAAUUUGAGGGCCACCUUCACUUAUCUCGAGGGCAAUGCCCAGGCUGCCCUGGCGGACCUCAAUAAGAGCGUUGAACUCCAGCCAUCCUUGGUUCAGAGCUACAUCAAGCGUGCUAGCCUGCACCUUGAACUUGGAAACAAGGAUGCCGCUGCGGAUGACUUUGAGCUCGCCAUCUCCCACAACAAGGACGACGCUGACAUCUACUACCACCGCGCCCAGCUUCACUUCAUCCUCGGUGAAUUUGCCGAAGCUGCCAAGGACUAUCAGAAAUCCAUCGACCUUGACCGUACCUUCAUCUACUCUCACAUCCAGUUGGGUGUCACACAAUACAAGAUGGGAUCUGUCGCAUCUGCCAUGGCUACCUUCAGAAGGUCCGUGAAGAACUUCGAGGACGUGCCGGAUGUCUACAACUACUACGGUGAACUUCUCCUUGACCAGCAGAAUUUCUCCGAGGCCAUUGAAAAAUUCGAUAAGGCUGUGGAGAUGGAGAAGCAGAGCAAGCCCAUGGGAAUCAACGUUCUACCCCUCAUCAACAAGGCGCUCGCUCUGUUCCAGUGGAAGCAUGACUUCCAAGAAGCCGAGAAUUUGUGCCAGAAGGCUUUGAUCAUUGACCCCGAGUGUGACAUCGCUGUGGGAACUAUGGCACAGCUCCUUCUGCAGCAGGGCAAGGUCUCGCAGGCCCUCAAGUACUUUGAAAGGGCCGCCGAGCUGGCUCGUACCGAAGCCGAAAUCAUCAACGCUAUCUCAUACGCCGAGGCAACCCGGACACAGCUCGAAGUGCAAGAGAAAUACCCUCAGCUUGCUGCACGCCUGCAGACUAUGGGCGCUGGCUUCGGUGCACCCCCGGGUCUGUAAAUUGAGGCAUGCCUUCUUUUGUUUUCGCGUUUGAAGUGACCAAGACGUAUAUGUUGGAUUAAUAGUAUUUUUUAUUUUUCCUUUCCCCCCUUUCAUACCUCAGCUAGAAUGAACAGGCGAUGGUUCAUGCCUGGCCAUGAUCCUUUAGUUUCUAGUCUCUUCUGAUACAUCUAGGGUACCGGAACCUUUCAUCUGCGCAUGUACUUACUAGCUUUGUUACCCCUUCUUUUCUCCGGUUCCCAUAUACUUUCUCGGUCCCCUUGUUCGGGUAAUACAAGGGAGGUCACUUUCACUUUUGUUCUUUUUUUCCCCACUUAGUUAUACUCCAGUUCCUUUUGGAUGCAGCACCGGG